CUUCCCUUACGUUCUUGCAGUUUGUUUAUAGAGCUUCACUGAAAUUCUUUCAUUCCUCAGAAUUUCUCCAAAUUUCCUUCAAUUGUUGUAACGUUAAUGGGACUGCAUUGAAUCUUGCAUCAAGUUAAUUACGAACUUGAAAUAAAUCAUUUAUUUUUUUACUUAUUCUGGCACUUUGAAUAUUUUCAAUAUCUUGAACUUGUACAUGGAAUACGAAACUUCAAGACAUUGAAUAUUUUUAGAUCUUGGACUUUCUUACUUGGAAAACUCAGGUAAUUUUAUCCAGAAAAAUGAGUAGACAACCUGUAUUUAGAGAAAGGCGAUUAAACGUCACAACGCAAAGAAUAAUCAAAGUUGAAAUAAAUUCACGCUAGAAAAGUUGAAAAAAGUGACUUAUUACAAGAAAAAGUGACUCUAGUGACUUGAUCUAAAAAAAGAGACUUUUUUGUGACUGACUUGAUAAAAGUGACCAAGUCACUAAAAAGUGACUCGCUACCAGCCCUGUGUUUGUCUGCGGCUAUUCUAUGCCCAGGGAAGAUAGUUAAGCACUUCUAAUUUUCUAUGAAGAAAUAAACUCCAACCGAACGUUUUAGCCUUCUUUCCACCUCUUCUUCUAUGCCGGUUCGCCUAAUCUUCCAACUGACGCCUUGUUCUUGCAGCUGAAAAUUGGUUAGCUUACGCACAAAUAAAGCUUCCCUCGUCGUUGCACCCCAAUCGUAUCAGUUUGUUCUGAGCUACCGUCGAGGCCGAAAGUGCAUUCUAUCAAUCAGCGAUAUUCCCGGACAUUUUUGUAGAGCAAUGGCGUCCAAGGUUCCCCGCGUUGUCUUCAACAAUGGUAACAGCAUUCCGGCGCUGGGACUCGGAACGUGGAAUUCCCCUCCCGGUAAAGUGGCCCAAGCUGUGAAGGAUGCCAUCGACAUCGGCUACCGGCACAUCGAUUGUGCUCUCGUGUACGAAAAUGAGCAUGAAGUGGGUGAUGGCAUUGCAACCAAAAUCCAAGACGGAACGAUCAAAAGAGAGGACGUGUUCGUAACCAGCAAACUGUGGAACACAUUCCAUCGUCCGGACUUGGUGGAAGCUGGCCUGAAAGCCUCGUUGAAGAAUCUCAAACUGGACUACCUGGAUCUGUACUUGAUUCACUGGCCUGUGGCGUACAAAGAAGGCGACGAGCUCUUCCCGAUGCGGCCCGAUGGGAAGACGUACAUCUUCUCCGACGUUGACUACGUGGACACUUGGAAGGCAAUGGAAAAGUUGGCCGAUUCGGGGCUCACGAAGAACAUUGGCGUAUCGAAUUUCAAUGCCAAACAAGUUCAACGCGUGCUGGACGUGGCUCGUAUCAAGCCGGUCUGCAAUCAGAUCGAAAACCACCCCUUCCUGCAUCAAGCCAAGCUGGCUGCUUUCUGUACCGAGAAGGGACUGAAGAUCACCGCUUACAGUCCACUCGGUUCGCCAGCAAGGCCUUGGGUCAAGAAAGAUGAUGUCGUACUUCUCCAGGAUCCAAAACUGAAGGCGAUCGCGGAGAAACACGGAAAACAACCGGCCCAGGUGCUGAUUCGUUACCAGAUUCAGCAGGGGCACGUGGUGAUUCCAAAGUCGGUCACCAAAGCUAGGAUCGCUUCCAACAUUGAUGUGUUCGAUUUCAAACUGGACGACGGCGAUCUGGAGCAGCUUGCUACGCUGGAAUGCAACGGACGUAUUAAUCCGGAAUCGGGAGCCCACGGCCAUCCGCAUCAUCCCUUCGAAAAUGAAGAGUAGACUGUGUUCGUCCACGUUGGGCUGCUGACAGAUAGAAAAGCAUGUUUUAAAUAAACGCAUAGCUACAACAGAUAGGUGUCGUUUUCAUUGUAGUGUGAAAUAUCGGCAAAAGUUGCUAUAGGGUUUUUGAUCUAAUUUCCGUCCUACUAAGCACAACCCACGAUUUACCUCUCUUUUUUGAACGGAUUUGAUAAAAAAAAUGAAUUUUUCUGUCAAAGAUGACUUCUGAAUUUAUUUACCUAUAAAGAGUCACAAAUGGUUGAGAUAUUGUCC